AUGAUUUCUUCGGCGCAAAGAGUACCGGUCACUUCAACGGCUUUACGAAUGCACCUUCGAGGGCGCAGCGAUAUUACUCCCGAUGAUGAGACCAAUCAUCUUACACACCUUGGCGUUAGUUCAUCUACACAGGAGCACGUACCAGAGACUCUGAUAGCAUCCUCACUGGCUCUCCAUAACCAAGACCUAGUAGAUGUCAUGUUCGAACUCGAGCCCUUCCAGGCCGAUAAUCUAGCAAGUCUCGCUUUCAACAUGGCCUUGGGUGGUCUAGUUCAUCCUCUACACGAAAACGAACUGAAGCAUCUUCGAAAGAAAAAAGUUGGUAUAUAUGGCCCAAGACAAUGGGAUACACCGUUUCUUUCCGAGAAACUCCCAUUCACCUUCUCUUCGCUUCUCAGUCCAGUGGCCAUCCAAAAAGUGAUCCGAAACGACAUUGGCGGAGAAAAUUACUUCCGCUUCACUUCGUCCUAUGGCAGCUCUUUAGACGAUACAGCGGCCAUUAUCGAACUACUGGAUAACAUCACUAACCCCCGAUUCACAUCCCCAGGAGCCGUAGUCCAAAUGACGUCGCCCUCAAUCAACUGCACCAAGAAUUGGAAUCCCAGCUGGGAAAACGACUGCAUGCUAAGCCAAUCCAACGUCCAAGUAACCGUAGCACCCAGAGGCCAAGCCUUCGAACUAGAAUACCACGAGCAUUACUUCUCAACCACACUCUUCACAGGCAGCAAAGUAUUCCUCGCCUUCCCACCCCACAUCACCAAUCUAGACCACAUGCGUCGCACAUUUCAAGGCAAACGCACUAGACUUCCAACCCUGGGCAUCCUACGCGAAAUGCAGCAAGGCAUAGCCAUCAUCCAGAAACGCGGGCAAGUACUCCUAAUCCCGCCUUUCUGGUCGAUCAUGACAUUCUGCACCGAGACAAGCGUGUCUGCUGGUUUCUUCGUCGCUACUGCAUCGGCGUUCAUGUCACGCAUACACAACAUGGAUCUCUGGCUCAGCGACGCCAAGCACAGCUCGUUCCGUAUGUGGAAGAACUUGCGGGCCACUUUUCUGAUAUUAUGUCGGAUGAUGUGA